AUGAACGGGCAGUACGUUCCAGUUCACGUGCAUUCUGUGGAUGGAUAUCUAGUUUCACGCUGGGAGAACACAACGGACGGAUUGGGAAUUCUCACUGACUACGUUACUGAUCUAUUCAAUAUUGAUGUAUCAGAAGUCUGUGUAUCGAAAGAUGCAAUUAACAUCAUUGAAUGGGCGAUAAUAAGACAAAAGACACCAUUGGAAAGUGUCUCUGUCUGCGGCGUUACAUCAUCAGAAGAAGAACUGAUUUAUAUUUUGAGGGAUUGUCGGUGUUCAGCUCAAGCACAAAUCAACUCAUAUGCUCCACCCAAUUUCCGCUUCUCCGAAAACUUUCGGAGAAUCGAUUUCUUAGUUAUCUGGCAUGGAGAAUGGGUAACAAUUGACAACCUAUUGACAAUGGAUGGAAUUGUUAUUAGUCUGGGAUACUCUAAUCUAUCUGAUAGUGAUUUGAAUCUCUUUCUGAAGCAUUGGCUAGCUGGAGGAUGUCCUCGAUUGAAAUAUUUAAACGCUGGUAUUCAUUCUGUAAACAUUUUGCAAGUACUCGCCGGUCUCAUGCAUAAUGCCGUUUAUGUGGAAAACAGUCGUAACUACACCAGCCCAUUUGGAUACACAUCGAUAUUGUCAGAUGGAUAUGACAUCCAACGUUCAGAUGGUGUGACGGCUACAGUACACUAUCAUUCUCCAAGAACUUUUCUCAUUGCAGUUUGGCCAGAGACCACUCAUAAUUCUAAUUAA